AUGACAUGGAUUAGAGUUAGUGUUCUAUAUUGUUAUAUACCAUUGAUCACUGUUUGUUUACUUGCUCGUACAGUGCCUGAUAAUAUAACAGAAGCUAUUACACUUGCUACACAAUCAGAUACAUCAACGACUACUACUACUAAAAGUGUCGUUCAAUCGACAUGUAUUGAAGACGAAUGUAAUCCACGUUUAUUAUCACAUUUAGAAGUUCAUAAUUAUGAAUUAGAAUAUAUCUAUGCGAAUAUCAAUCACACUCUAGUUCAAGGAUAUGUUACAAUUAAUUUUACGUUGAAACAACCAAUUAAACAACUGAUUUAUCAUGCAAAAUUCAUGGUUCAACUUGAUGAACCAGCACUAUUUGAAGAUGGUGUUAAUCGUCUUGUUGCAAUGCGAACUUAUCCAACCAACGAUUAUAUUAGUCUACGUCGUAUGUCAGACAACUCUUCGUUUGCACCAAAUCGAUACAUUUUAAAACAAAAAUUUGUUGUCAGUUUAAUUUAUGGUAAUAUAGGUUUUUAUCAAAGCUUGUAUAACGAUGGUAAUGGAACAAUACGAAAAUUAUUAGCAUCAAAAUUUCAACCGACCGAUGCUAGAAAAGCGUUUCCUUGUUUCGAUGAACCACAACUCAAAGCAACCUUUAAAAUUAGUAUUGUCCAUCCGCUGGAUACUAUUGCCAUUGCAAAUUUUCCCAGCAUUGAAGAAACAAUCGAAAAUGGUUUACGUCGAACAAAAUUUACUGAAACAUUUCGUAUGAGUACUUAUCUUGCUGCUUGGGCUGUUCUUCCAGAUACGUAUGGGCAACAUGCCAGCGAACAGGAAGAACCAAAAAUAACUAUAUGGACACGUCGUGAACCUAUAGAGAAUGGUCAUACUGCAUUAGCACUUGAAAUAGCUUUGAAUUCUGUCGCAUUUUUUACUGAUUAUUUUAAUACGUCUGAACCUGUCACACCUAAAAUUGAUCUCCUGGCUGUACCCGAUUUUGCAUCGGGUGCCAUGGAAAAUUGGGGUUUAGUAUCAUUUCGUGAAGAUCGACUAAUGUUUAAUGAAAAAAUUGCAUCUAUAAUUCAAAAACAACAAUUAGCAGAAACAAUGGCACAUGAAAUUGCUCAUUUUUGGUUUGGUAAUUAUGUUACAUGUAAAUGGUGGGAUGAUUUAUGGUUAAAUGAAGCUAUGGCUACUUGGCUUUCAUAUAAACCAUUUUCAGUUAAAUAUCCAGAUUGGAAUAUGGAAUUACAAGCAUUAACUGAAGAAGUCAUGCCUGUUAUGUGGGAUGAUGCAAAACCAUCGUCGCAUCCAAUUAUUGUUGCAAAUGUUACAACUGCUGCUGAUAUAACAAGUUUAUUUGAUUCAAUAACAUAUUCGAAAGGUGCAAGUAUAUUACGUAUGUUAGAAAGAAUCGUUGGUUCAAAUACAUUUCGUGAUGGACUAAGAGAUUAUUUAAAAGUAAAUGCAUUUGAUAUUGGUGAUCCAACUAUAUUUUAUAAUAAAUUAUUUACAAAUGUUAGUGGAGAGAAAUUUAUGAAAAAUUGGCUUGAAGAAAUGAAUUAUCCGAUUUUAAAUGUUCAUUUAAACGUUAAUAAUAAUGGUACAUAUGUUACAUUUAAUCAAUCGCGUUUUAUUAUUUCAAAUGCUCUUGAUUCAUCAAAUCUAACAAGUGAUUACCGAUGGAUGAUUAGUGUUCAAUGUAUUUUAGGUGGUAAUAGUUCUGAUGCUGAUAUAACAGCUAAUCUAGAUGAUGAUACAAUCGAUUUUAUUCUUGAGACAGAAAGAGAAACUCAAUAUUUACCAGGCAAAUUUUAUACAUGGAUAAAAUGUAAUCGAAACUUUCAAGGUUUUUACGUCACAAAAUAUACAUCAGAUUUAUCAACAGCAUCAAUGUGGCAACAUUUUUCAUCUAUAUUAGAAGCACAGCCGAAAUUAUUUUCCGAUGAAGAUAAAGUGAAUUUACUUCAGGAUGCAUUUUUACUUGCUUAUAAAGGUUUAAUCGAUUACAUUGAACCAUUACGUAUACUAACUUCAUUAGUAAAAGUGAAUAGUAAUCAAUUUGUUAUAUGGCGUACUUUCCAAUGGCAUUGGGAUUUAGUAACUGAUUUAAUUGAACAUUUACCAAAUACAUGGACAAAAUUUAAAGAUUUUGCAAUUCAACAAAUCUUAUCAUCGGGCAUCACAGUAGAUGAUAUUCUGCAAAUAAACUCAACAGAUGAUCAUAACUCAAAAUUAUUAAAAGGCUUACAAUUUUCAUUUCUUUGUCGAAUGGAUCAUAAAGAGGCUAUUGAAAAAGCGAGCGCAUUAUUCAGAUCGAUACCUGUCGAAUAUUUUAAUGAUAGUAAUGUAGAUAUCAAUGUUGGUGCAGAUUUCUUAUCAGCAGUUUAUAUAUGUCACUUAAAGAAUGACGAUAAUGAAACUGAUUGGAAAAUGAUGUAUAAUUAUUACAAAACAGCAGUAUCACCACAAGAACAAACACGUGCUCUUGUUGCAAUUAGUUCAACUAAUAAUAAAGAUCGAUUAAAUCAAUUACUUUAUGAAGGAUUAAAUACUGGUCCAAACACAAUAAAAAGACAAGACUUUUUUGCUAUGAUAGCUUACAUGAGUCAUACUCUAGUCGGACGAGAAACAGCGUGGACAUUUUAUAAAAAUAACUUUCGAAAACUUGUGAGUAUUUAUACACUUGAAAAUCGUCGAUUAGGUACAGCUAUUCAUUCAAUAGCACGUUCAUUUGAAAAUGAAUCAUAUCUUGAAGAAAUGAAUCAAUUGUUUGAACUUUAUCCAAAUGCUGGUGCUGGAGCAUCACCACGUAAACAAGCGAUUGAUCAAGUAAAUAUGAAUAUUGAAUGGAUCAAAACAAGAGAACAAAAUCUAGUCAAUGCACUGGAAACAAUAUCUUCAUAA